CCACAUUCGGUCUGCGCACGCGCACUGUAUAUAAGCUAGCCGCUGCUUCACCAGGCAUCAGUCACUUGUCCAGUGUGAUACCAACAACAUCAACAUGAAAUUCUUGAUCGUAGUCGCCCUUACCAUCGCAGCGGUCUCCGCUGAAGACGCCAAGAAGACCGAGAAGCGUGGCCUUUCCGGUCUCGGCUAUGGUGCCAUCGGAUCCGGCCUUGGUUACGGUGGACACGGUGUCGGAUACGGUGCUGGCUAUGGUGGUCUUGGCUAUGGAGGCUAUGGCGGAUACGGUGGAUACGUUGCCGCACCAGUAGCUGUUAGCAAGGUGUCGUACACCACUUCCCACGGCGGUUACGGCGGCUUGGGCGGAUAUGGCGGAUAUGGCGGAUAUAGCGGAUACGGUGGAUACGGACACAGCGGUCUCGGUGGAUACUCCGGUCUUGGCGGAUAUGGCGGCUACAGCGGUGGUCACGGUGGAUACUACAGCGCUCCCGUCGUCAGCGGAUACGGUGGCUACUCCGGCUACUCUGGCUAUGGUCAUGGCAUUGGCGGGUACGGUGGACUCGGCUACUACGGACAUCACUAAGCCCAGGACGUCUGUGCUACUACAAUAUGUGUUCAUAAAUCAAAUACUCGACGUUACGUAAUGUCAUUGAUUUGUACAUUUUAAUAUAAUUUAGAGAGCUUACUAUGACAAACUGUUACGUAGAACUCCGCUCACAAACUAAUGUUAUAUUUAUGUGAUAUUUUUACAACGAUUUUUGAUAAUUGUACAUAUGUAAUAAACUUAUAUAUUUACCUGAA